ACAACACUGCUGUAUCCCCCCCCAAAUAGCAAUGGUCGUACUGGCGGUCCUAGUUCUCAUGGUGCUGGUCAGCGUCCACGCAACUGCUCUCAAUGUGCGGGUGAAGAGGAGGCCUGGAGAUCAACCACCUCAAGGAGAGUGUUCCAACUUCUGGCUGGGUGGAAUUUCUAAGCUGCACUUUUACACCUGCUGCAAUAACCUGGAUGAAGGUCCUCAUCCCUAUUGCGAUGGUCGUACCUAUCAACGAGCAUCUAAAGAAUCCUACUGUAAGCCCGGUGGGUUCGACGGCGGGAACGGUAAACAACACGAAUCCUACCGUUGUGGAGGAUGUGACGGACAGACACAGGUUGCUAAGAAAUGCGAGCCAUGGCCUUCACUGGAUGUUGUAGGAACAUGCUGGGUGUUCACAAAGUGCUUCACAGACUACUGCGAGGAGCGGUACCGACUGAAGGGUUUGAACCUCGCAGUAGGAGAUGGGUCAAGGAUGCCAGACACCUGCUACAACGGAAAGUGUGAUGUCGGAGAAACUACAGACAACUGCCCAGUCGACUGCUGCUACAAGAAAAACAAACACUGUACCUGGAGUAACAAAUGUGUGCCUCAGUUUUGUGCCACGCCGUCUUGUGAAAAUGGAUGUGAUGGUAUCCUUAUACUGCUGGGACUACAACCAUCUACAUCCUGAUUGUUGCUCUGCUAGUGCUGGGUGUAUAGGCUGGAGGGGAGGUCAAGACGCUACGUAAUUCCAUCACUGUUUCUACAUACAACAGCUAACAUUGUCGUUGUUGUGUUAAGUAUCCCACUAAUGUUCAUGAUGAUAUAUUCUUUGUUGUUUAUCGCCACACAUAGUAACUUUCCAGCUAUAUGGUGGUGGUCUGUAAAUAAUCAAGUCUGGAUCAAGAACUAUCUACACAGUUUGGAUACGAAGACCACGCCGUCUUGUGAAAAUGGAGGUGAUGGUAUCCUUAGAGCUGGGACUACAACUAUCAACAUCCUGAUUGUUGCUCUGCUGGGGCUGGGUGUAUAGGCUGGAGGGUCACUGCUGGGACUACAUCUAUCAACAUCCUGAUUGUUGCUCUGCUAGUGCUGGGUGUAUAGACUGGAGGGGAGGUCAAGGCGCCGAGUACAUCCAAUAAAUAACAUCAUCGUU